AUGAGUGAGAAAUCAGAAGAGGCAGCGGUUGCCAAUCCAGUACCCAAACAACAUUCGCUAUAUCGUCUGGUCACAGAUCAAGCCAGAAUUGACGACGACGUCCUCAACUACAAGUACGAUGGGUCUGGCACUACAGAAGACCCGUAUGUCGUGACAUGGAUUCCUGACGACGCUGGCAACCCUAUGAACUGGACAAAGAGUACGAAAUGGACGAUUGCCAUGGUCGCUGCUAUGGAGUGCUUUGCGACCGCCUUCAGUUCCAGUGCCUUUUCCGGCUGCAUUCGAGAGCUUGUUGCGCACUUUAAAGUUUCCACAACUCUUCUAACGGCAGGUAUAAGCUUGUUUGUGUUGGGAUUCGCGUUGGGACCUCUUCUCUGGGCGCCAUUGUCCGAGAUCUACGGAAGACAAAAGAUAUUCUUCGUUACCUUCCUUGCCUUUACUGUUUUCGAGGCUGGUGCUGCUGCGGAUGCCGGUGUGGCAACUCUUUUGGCUAUGAGAUUUCUUGCUGGCUCGUUUGGUUCGUCACCAUUCACGAAUGCUGGAGGCGUGAUAGCAGACAUUUUUCCAGCCAACGAGCGAGGCCUAGCUAUGGGAAUCUUUAGUCUUUGUCCAUCGGCUGGACCAACCCUUGGACCUUUGGUUGGUGGAUUUUUGGGUCAGAGUCGAGGCUGGCGAUGGGUUAUGGGCCUAAUGACUAUAUUGGCUGGUGCUCUCUGGAUUAUCGGCUCCCUCCUUGUACCGGAGACCUAUGCUCCCCUAUUACUGCGAAAAAGAGCAGCUGAAUUGUCAAAGCGCACUGGACAAGUCUACAAAACCAAGAUUGACAUUGAGAAGGGAGAAAUCUCGGCCGGAAAAGUUCUCAGUAUCGCGUUGGUGCGGCCGUGGCUUCUUCUUUUCGUGGAACCGAUCGUAUUGAUCCUAUCGAUCUGGCUUGGCAUUGUGUACGGCACACUAUAUCUCCUGUUUGGUGCUUUCCCAGUAGUCUUCCAGCUAGAAAGGGGCUGGUCCGAGGGUGUGGGCGGACUUGCUUUUCUUGGAGUCGCGCUCGGCAUGGUUGCAGCAAUUGCCAUGGGAGGAGUGUGGCAGAAGCAAUACAACGCAGCUGCAGCUAAGAAUGGCGGGGUUGCACCGCCAGAAGCUCGGUUACCGCCGACUAUCAUUGGAGGGCUUGCCAUUCCAAUCGGUAUGUUCUGGUUCGCAUGGACAAGCUAUCCAUCGGUACAUUUCAUGGCCCCCAUUGCAGCCGGCGUACCUUUCGGCUUCGGAUUGACCCUUCUCUUCCUCGGAAUAUCGAAUUAUCUAAUUGAUUCGUAUACAAUUUUUGCUGCAUCAGUACUAGCAGCAAACACAGUAUUAAGGUCUCUGUUUGGUGCUGCUUUUCCCCUCUUCACAAGAGACAUGUACAACAAUCUGGGUACACAGUGGGCUUCGUCCGUGCCUGCCUUUCUGGCACUAUCGAUGGUACCCGUGCCAAUUGUGCUAUAUAAGUACGGAGCCGUCAUUAGGUCCAAAUGUGUGUACGCUUCAGAAGCUGAACGAGCUAUGAGCUCACUGAGGGCGAAAGCCGCUCAAGGUCCUUCCGUAAGCACAGUGACACGAGCAUCUUUGGAAACCUUGAGCAGUGAAGAAACGAGUACGAUAGCACCAACAGACGAGAAGAGUAUCGUUGAGCCGAUCAAAGCACCAGCAACCACUCGACAACACGUGGCAGGCGAUGCAAGCGAUCCUCAGAGAUUGUUGCGGACAACAAGCAGAGCCGAAAGCCUAGGUGAGGCAGCAGCUUACGAGGCGAGUCCAUACGAUAUUGAUCGCGUCAACACCAAUGCUUCAGUGGCGGGUGUGGAUCUUAGGCGGAUUAGAACGAAUGCAUCUCAGCGAUAA